UUAAAUGCAGUCAUAAUUUGGUCAUAAGAAAUCAAUAUUUCUGGUCAGAUUCACGUAAUGUGUUGUCUUGGAUCAAGUCAGACCAACGACGUUAUCGACAAUUCGUUGGCUUCCGUAUCGGGGAAAUUCUUAGCCUCACUAAUGGAUCAGAGUGGCGCUGGGUGCCGUCAAAGUUAAAUGAAGCGGAUUGCGUGACUAAAUGGAAACAAGGGUGGAAAUUGCACUCAGGAAGUUCUUGGUUUACAGGUGCAGACUUUUUGUCAAGUAACGAGCAGCACUGGCCGGUGCAGCCAGAAGUAAAAUCGAAUACAAACGAGGAAUUGAAAGCUUAUUUAUUGGUUCAUGAUAUAACGUUAUCAAAUUCUCUCAUCAACGUGAACAGAAUAUCUAAAUACAAUGUUCUCGUCCGAACUAUGGCCUGUGUGUUUAGAUUUGUCAGUAACUGCAAAAAGAUUAUAACAGGAGAACCUAUUGAACUCGUAAAGGCAACCGCAGGGCAGCUGAAAUUAGUUAUGCCGCACACAAAACCGACAAAGCGUCUGCCUCUUACGCAGGAAGAACUACUUAAAGCAGAAACAUAUCUUUUUAAAAUGAUACAAGCAGAGGCAUACGGUGGAGAUCUCAAGGUACUAUUGCACAACAAGGAGAAGCCAGUUUCUCAGUGGCUAACAGUAGAAACCUCGAGUCCCUUGUAUAAAUUGGCCCCCCUAAUCGACGAACGUGGGCUGGUACGAAUGGAAGGUAGAACGAAGAAUGCUUCCUUUCUGCCGUUUGACCUUCGUUUCCCGAUAGUAUUGCCGAAAGAUCAUCCAGUGACAGCUAAGCUCAUCCAUCAUUACCAUGAGAAGUUCGGUCACGGUUACAGGGAAACAGUAAAAAACGAACUUAAGCAACGGUUUUAUAUUGCGUCGAUAAGCAGAUUGGUGCCGAGAGUUGCAAAAGAUUGCAUGUGGUGUAAAGUCAAACGCAAUCGUCCAGUGACACCGAGGAUGGCACCGUUACCCAUCCAGAGAUUAAUCCCGUUUCAACGUCCGUUUAGCUUUGUUGGGAUCGACUAUUUAGGGCCUUUCGAGGUAUCUGUCAAUCGACGAAAGGAAAAGCGCUGGAUUGUUUUGUUUACGUGUAUGGUGGUGAGAGCUAUCCAUCUAGAGAUCGCACAUAGCGUAACCACCCAGGCUUGUUUGAUGUCUGUUAGAAGAUUCAUUUGUCGCCGGGGACCACCUCUGGAAAUUUUCUCCGAUAACGGCACGAACCUGAAAGGAGCAAGCAAAGAAUUAGCGAGAAUUAUUUGUGCAAUAAACGAAGAUUGCGGCAGCGAAUUAACAACUACUCGAACUAAAUGGAACUUUAAUCCUCCUGCCGCUCCGCAUAUGGGGGGCGUGUGGGAGCGCUUAGUGAGAUCCACUAAAGAAGCGUUGGCGGUAAUCGACGAAGGAGGCCGAUUAACCGAUGAAGUUCUGCUAACAUCGAUUUGCGAAGUAGAAGAUAUGAUAAAUUCACGGCCAUUGACCUACGUAUCACAAGAAGCCGAUGAGAUUGACACGCUGACACCAAACCAUUUUCUCAGAGGUGUAGCACCAAAUGAACCUGUGUUGACUCCACCGCCACCCUGUGCUGCCGAAGCACUCCGGAGCAACUAUCAUCGAUCGCAGCAAUUAGCAACGGAGAUGUGGAACCGAUGGUUAAAGGAAUAUAUACCUUCCGUGAACCGAAUGACCAGGUGGUAUGGAGAAGCGAAACCGUUACGAGCAGGAGAUUUAGUCUAUAUAGUGGAGGGGACUAAACGUAAGUUAUGGGUGCGCGGGGUAGUUCAAGAACCGAUAAUCGCCAGCGACGGGCGCAUUCGACAAGCAUGGAUCAAGACGAACAGUGGCGUUUUUAAAAGAGCUACAGCUGUGUUGGCUGUUCUAGAGAUAGAUGAUGGUAACACCGGGCCGACAACAGAAUCGGACCCAGAAUUACGGACCGGGGAAAUGUUGCGAACAGCCCCCCGAUCGGGCGAAAACGAUACAUUUGGCAACACUAGGCGAGAAAGAGGCACUGAGAAACAGGAAGAGAACAUGUAAACGUCACUUGGACCCGACCGGGAUAGAAAGAAGAAUUCGACCCAUAUUGGAGAGGGAAACAGAAGUUAAAGAAAAUCCUAGUGUGAGCUGGAGAAUAAAUUUAGAAAAUUAAGAUCAAAAGUAAAGAGAAGGUGAAGAUAUAAGUUCAAGUAGGAAAGAAUAGUGAGCAGAGAUAAUAAGGAAUCAUCACAGUCUAAAGGUCGCGCAUGGCUACGCACCAGACUAGGAGGAAUUUAAGAGAACACCUAAAUUCUUUGAUCUGCUAACAAGCUGAUACAAAGAGUGUUCUCUCGUGACAAAACCAACAGCUGGAUUUCACAUUUUUAAACAUAACAGGAAAAAUAAUAAUCUGUUCGCAAAAAAAAAACAUUAGGGUCUUAUGGGGCAACAAGACAUACCAUAUGACACUGACUUUAUGAAAAUCGGUUCGGCCAUCUCUGAGAAACAUGAGUGAGAUUAAACAGUCUCCAGAACACGUUUCUUUCUGUAAUUUCUGAACCAUAUGUCCAAUCUUCAUAAAAUUCAAAAGUUAAGGGUUUUUAGGUAGACCGUUCAUUUGAAACCAAUUUUGUUCAAAUCGGUUGUGUAGUUUCUGAGAUAUUGAUUUUUCGUGAUUUUUACAUUUUGAUACAUAACCUCUAAACUAGAAAUCAGAUUACAACAAAAUUCAAUAGGGUCUUA